AUGGAAGUCAAGAGAACCAGCCGAUUUGCAGACGGCACCCCGUUGCUCCGUCGGUUUACACCCUUCUCCAGUCUGGAUAAAAAACUCGUGCCCGCUGUGAUUUUCUAUAAUGGGCUAUUGGAUGGGUCGGACCCGGUGCACCGCUUGCUGCUGGUGGACAUCCAUUCGACGAUGCAGGCCACUGCACUCUGUAUGCUUGUCAGCAGCCGAUCUUCUGCCUCAUCUAGUCUAUUCUUGAUCCGGCUGACGAAGUUUGCGACCGCUACCACUGCCCACAGAGUCCCUACGACAUGGAAUAUCUUCAAUCAAUUCUACGGUGCCGCCUUCGUCUAUCCUCUCUACCUCCUGUUUGAGUCCGAGAGCCACGGUUUCGACACUCUAAGUCCGGUGGACAAUUCCCGGGUCUCUGCAGCCUUGCUGGUCAGCGCCCUUCUGGGCUCACUCCUGCCUUUCACUUUCUUAUUCCCCGCGUUUAUCCCCUGCAGCGUCGCACGAAAACAGCGGGCGAUCGCAUUGUACCGUUUCGCCCCCAUCGUCUUCACGUUACUGCAAUGGCUGGGGGAGCACAUCCCGCUUGAGACUCUCUUUACUGGUGUCCCCGACUCAGCACCUUAUGUUGCGGCCGGCCUAAGCUAUGCUAGUCUAUACUGA